AACAGAGCCUAGUGGUGCAUUCUUUUGAAAAACAAACCUUAUCCUCUCAAACACCACAUAUCUCCUCAACGCUCCCCAAAACGACCUUUCCCUCAUUUCUCUCAUUGCCAAGAAAGCAUGGCAACCCUUCACUUCACGACCACACAUCCUUCCCUUACUCUCACAAAACCCACAAACCACCACCCUGCUCUCCCCCCGAACCUCCUUGCGUGGCCAGCCUCGCGGCGGCGGUGGCCCUCACUAACCACCGUCCACUCUCACAAAGUGGUAAUUGAACACGAGGGUCGAACCACUGAGCUAGAGGUCGAACCCGAUGAGACAAUUCUGUCCAAGGCAUUGGACUCAGGCCUGUUUGUGCCACAUGACUGCAAGCUCGGUGUGUGCAUGACUUGCCCGGCUAAGCUUUUGAAUGGCACGGUAGAUCAGAGCGAAGGCAUGCUCAGUGACGAUGUUGUGGAGCGCGAUGUUGUGGAGCGCGGGUACGCUCUGCUGUGCGUGUCGUACCCGCAAUCAGAUUGUCAGAUUAGGACGAUACCUGAGGAAGAGCUACUGUCAUUGCAACUGGCUACUGCCAAUGACUGAGUUGUGUGUAUGUUAGUGUAUGUUCUUGUACAAGUCUUCAAUUUGACAAUAAAGAUAAUCUAGUUAUUUGUUGAGCAGAGUAAA